AUGGCCGCAUCAACGGAGGUUCUUUUUCAGUGGGCUCUUAUCCUUUUGGUGUCCACGCUCUACGUGUACCAAGCUGGUCUGUGGACAAAGCUGACUAAUUUAGUGCAAGCCAAAUUCAGUGCAAGCAAGCUGGAACCAGUGGUGACUGCGAAAACCUCCGACCAGUCGGAGGAUAAAGAGACGGACAAAGGAAGCUAUACAGAGUUGAUGGAAACUCAAUUCCAGAGCUUCAAGAGCUUGGAUGCAUGCCUGCAUGACAUGGCACAGAAGGUGGAGGACCUGACUAACCUGGUGUUGCCUUUAGCCGCGAAACGUCCUCACCUGGACCUCAUCCCGGAGAUCAAGACAGCGGCAGACCUGAUCAAGGAGGACACGGAGUCAGUCAAAGGCAAGGUAGAAGAUGGUUCCAUCCUUAUCACCAAGGCAAGCAAGGCCGAGGAGAAGUCGACGUGGGCCACAACUUUGAGUGGCGUGCAGGAGACGCAGAAGAGCACCAUGCUCAUCGGGGACAUUGUCAAGGAGAUCAAACAGCAUGCCCAAGAAAUUAAGCGCAUGAGCGGAGGGACACAAGGCUUCGAGGCGUUGUACAACCUGGUCAUGACAGCCAACCAGUCUCUGAAAAACGUGGGACAGGGUUUCCCCAAGAUCGUCACGACGGAGGUUGGUGAGGUUAAGCAAGAUUUGAGCACGGUGAAGCAUGAGCUUAAUGCGCUACGAGAUGCAUGCCAGCAAAGAGAUGACAAACUACAAGAAGGUAUGCAACAAAUGUUAGCCAGGCAAAUGUCACUGCGCGAGGACUUCAACAAAUUCGAUGCAAUGCUGAAGCAAGUUCUGGCCUACCAGGAGACGGUGAAGGAUAAGGCGGAGACAUGCCAGGAGACACCGGCUGCACCAGGGCGUACAGAUCCCGGCGUACGUUCCCAAUGUGCCGGCUCCAAGUACACCAAUGACUACACCAAUGGCUGGACAUGGACCUGCGCCAUUGUCGCUGAUGGCAGCGAUACCUCAAGGGCCACCAAUGUCAGCACCCUCAACGGCACCUUCGAGCCCAGAUCCGGCAUGGUCAGCUGCAAUGGCAAUGGCUAUG